AUUUCUCUUUCCCUCUCGCCUCACUCUUCGUAUUUUCUCUCUCAACACGCCUCUUUUUGUUUUUCGCUCUCCCUCUCUAUAGGCUUUUCCUCGUCAAACAAACACGCCCUAUCUUCUUUACACUUCACUGUUUAAAACAUAAUCUUUUACUUAGAUUUUGUUUGUCUCCUUGGAAACUCAAAACUGUUUCAUAAUGGACCAAGAGUCUACAGAGAACAAGGAUACCUGCAACAGGAAGCGAGUUAGGGCUGAUGACUCAGAAUCUAACUCGUCUAAGUUGAAACUCAUCUGUCUUGAAUCGGCUCUUAACUCGGGUGAUUUGGAUACAAACCAUGUCGACUCGGGUAAAAAUAGUGAAAACGAGGUUGCUUCGAAUGACUCGGGUGUUAACUCGCCUGAAGCGAAGCGGAUCCAAGAUGAUUUGCUUAACAUUUUUGAUGAGUCGGAUGAUCCGAUGAUUCAAGGCCUUGACUCAGUUAUUAGAAGCUUUGAAGAAGAAAUCCUUGUUCCGUCCGGUCCCAAUACCGAGGUUUCGGAUGUGACGACUUACGGCGGUGGUUCCCAGCCGGACCUCGGUUACCUUCUGGAAGCCUCAGAUGACGAGCUUGGCUUGCCGCCGACGUUCUCCGGCGAGGAAGAAAAGGUCAGUGCUGUAGAUUUGGAUCCCGAAUUAAGCGCAUCUGGUGCGACUGGUUUCGGAAAUAUGGCAGGCUUCGAGGAUGACAUACCGAGUUACGACUCGUUUGGGUUCGGACUCGGGGGUGACUCCGAUAGUAAUAGUUACAACGUUAGUUAUAAUGACGGUGGAGAUUUUGUCUCCUUAGGUGGAUUGUUUGAUUACGCGGACGAGAACUAUGUGCCGGCCGAUAUAUCGGCUGUGCAGUGGCAGCCCGAGUCACUAUCUGCCUUGUAGGUUUAAAAAAUGACACAGGGAGGAAGAAACGUUUUGUUGUAUCCGGAAUUUUGACGGAAAACGAGACGAUUCCAUGCAAAUUCGUUGUCCAUAUUAGGUUGUAAAUUUGGAAUUUUGCAAGACAGGAAAGGGAAUUAAAAUUGGAAAUAUAUUUGUUCUUUUAAUUA